GGAAGUGCAUGCGCGCCCCCAGCCCCGCCGCCGCCCCCCUCUCCUCCAGCCCACGUGAGGCAGACUGCUUCACUCACUGCAAACCCGGACUCCUUGAAGUCAUUGAGCGGCCAGCAGCGCCGGAGACAGGAGGAGGCAGCGGCAGUGAGUGCGGAGGAGGCUCGUCCUGUGGCGGCGGCUUGUCACUCGGUGCUCGGUGAGGAGGAGGAUGGCGUCCUGAGUGCACGGCUCGGAGGAGACAGCGGAGGCAGCAGGUUGUUCACCUGAACUUCAGGCGGCGGAGCUGUGUCAUAUGGAUGAUGGGGGUCUCCCCCGGACCAUGGGAUUAUAGUUCUUUCUUCUGAGCAUAGCUUCAUGUCCUGGGCACCAGGGGUCCGCACCUGAGCCCGGAUGAGUCUGUAGCCAGCAGGGGGCAAGAGCUGGCAGGAUCCAUCAUUCUUAUAAAGGAAUAUACUCGGCCUUGUGAACUUGGUAACCCUUCACUUCCCACAGUUCGAUCCUUCAGACUAUAUGGCCAGAGGCAUUGGGAGGCUCCACUUGGUUUUUGGAAAGGUGACUUCCCUGUGGUGGCCCUGGAUGAUACAACUAAAGUUAACAAGCGCUAGUAGCGCCUUCUUGUGCGUUUUGAACUAAUUAUCCGGGCCCCGCCCCUGAGGACCCUGUAACUGGGAUUUGUGAGUGAACACAACGCAUUGUCGUGGCAGGAUCUUUCAUGAAAGAAAAGGCCAGGACUUAUGCCAUGCACUGACUGGGGUAGGAUCGGUGCCAUGUGAAGCUGGUGGCUGCUAAUGUCUUUUUAUGAACAAUGAGUAGAUAAACUUAGCGAAUGUAAAAAGGAGCGAACAGCUAGUUCCAACCAGUGAGCUUGCCAGUGGAGCUGGAGACUGCUUUUGUGGCUCCCUAGACCAAGGUGCCAGAUCCUCACUAUGACUGCCAGGAGAAGAUGCCCAGGGCUGUUGUGGAGCUUCACUCAGUACCAGAGCCACUACAACAACUGCUACAUCUACUACUGCCUUUUGAUUCUCAUCACUGCCAAGGCAUCUUGUAAAGUGCUCCCUACAAUCCAUCCAACAGCCCUUCCACCGCCUCCAUCUGCCAUACUACCAGUGAUUUAUCGCCUAUCAAAUACCCGCCUUGCCUUCUUUUUGCGAGAAGAAGGGCCACUACCCACAUGGAAUUCAAGUAUGCCUCUGCUGCAGCGCUCAGAGCCUUUUGUGGUUUUUCAAACAAAGGAAUUACCUGUUCUGAAUGUCACACUGGGACCUUUUGCUUCUGGACAGGUUUUGCCAAAGGAAUUACUUCAGCCUUCAAGUAUAUUAGAAGUCCCUGAUCGACUCACUGUAAACUGGAAAAUAAGAGCUUACAUUAUUCGUACAAAGGUUCCUGCCACACAACCGUUUGUACAGGUGCUCUUUUAUGUAGCUGGCCGUGAUUGGGAUGAUUUUGGUGUCACAGAACGUCUUCCCUGUGUCCGGCUUCAUGUUUUUCAGGAGAUGCGAGAGCGCAAGACUUCAUGCCGCUUACGGGGAAGUCUUGCCACAUGUCUUGCUCAGGCUGAACUGCCUCAGAGUUGGUUUGGGUGGACAGCAGCACCUAUGGGAAGACGGAAAUCAACACCUGAUAGAGCAGAUCUUAAUGGAGAAAGCCAACAAAUAGAACUUUUCUACACUUUACAUACACCAGACUCUACCGGAAGCUGCCAAAAUGAUAUAAAUACACGCAGAGGAGGGGAAGGACCAACUCAACAUCCGCUUUUAAGGAUUGGUAGUGUUAGCUUAUACCAACCAGUUCAGGUUGAUCAGAUGGAAGAACAGCAUUUGGAUACAAAUAUCUUUAUCAGGCUUCCAGAUCGGCCACUGCGUCCUGGAGAGAUUCUCAGCAUCCUGCUUUACAUUCAACCAAAUGCAACUGUAGAACACUUCACAGUAAGGGUAAAAGCUAAGAAAGGAAUAAACUUACAGAGCACCAGAUCCCGGGAUCUUCAAUGGGUUGUCAACUCGGAGCUUCUAACAGGUGGUAAACACUCCACUGCAACAGUAGACGUGACAAAGGUUCAGGGGCUUCCACACAGGACUGAUGAACCUCUUAACCCCAUAAUGCAACUGGACUUUGAGAUGGAGAAUUUCACAAGUCAGUCUGUAAAAAGACGUAUAAUGUGGCAUCUAGAAUAUCAAGGUCAAAAUCCUCCAUCUGAAAUGGAGAAAGCAGUGACAGAACUGACGGUGAUCCAGAAGGAUAUUCGAGCUAUAGUUCCUCUGGCAAUGGACACCGAGAUCAUUAAUACGGCUAUUCUAACAGGCCGGACAGUGGCUAUCCCAGUGAAAGUUCUGGCCAUUGAAGUGUCUGGAGUCAUCACUGAUAUAACUUCGUAUACAGAGUGUAAAUCCAGCAAUGAGGACAUAAUCAAGGUGUCAAGUAGCUGUGACUAUGUUUUUGUUAGUGGGAAGGAGACAAGAGGAUCAAUGAAUGCGCAAGCUAUUUUUACCUACGAACACCUUAACGCACCCUUAGAAAUGACUGUAUGGGUACCCAAACUUCCUUUAUCUAUUGAACUCUCUGACACAAAACUAAGCCAAAUUAAAGGCUGGAGAAUUCCAAUACUACCAGAACACAGGUCAGUACGUGACAGUGACGAUGAUGAUGAUGAAGAAGAUAGAAAGUUAAACCGAGGUUGCACUCUUCAGUAUCAGCAUGCCACUCUUCAAGUUUUUACCCAAUUUCAUACCACUUCUUCUGAAGGCACUGACCAGGUUAUUACAAUGCUGGGCCCAAAUUGGCUUGUGGAGGUCACUGAUCUGGUAAAUGACUUCAUGCAGGUGGAAGACCCCAAAAUAGCAGAGAUGGUUGACAGUAAUACAUUGGCUGGAAGGGAGCCUGGUACAACAGUUUUUAAAGUGGUGUCUCCUCUUAUGGAAGCAGUUCUAGGUGAAACUACCAUUACAGUGACUGAAGAGAAGGUCAGCAUUGUGGAGCUCCAGGCCCAGGUGAUAUCAGGACUUACCCUUUCCCUACAUGCCAGCCCAGGAAACAGCCACACUAUCAUUGCAAAGACAACAGCCCAGCAUCUGUUGAAGUAUCCAAAACAAGAAGCUUUACUCAACCUCUGGCUCACAUUCAGUGAUGGAACCUCCGCGCCAUUGUCACUCUAUGAUCCCAAGGAUUACACAUUGGCUCUCACUAGCUUGGAUGAAAAGGUGGUCUCUGUAAGCCCAGAACGUUCUUUUCCUCUUGUUGUCACUGGAGAAGAGCAAGGGACAGGGCCUUUGCUUAAAGCAGAAAUGAUUAUUAAUGAAAGCUGCCAAAAAACUAAACGAAAAAGUGUACUUUUUACGGCAACAGCUCUUGUCCAUGUUGUUUUUGGCUCACUUGAACCAGGAGGAGAAGGGGAACCUGGAAAAGUUCUAACUGAGGUUCCCCCACACUCACCUGUGCAAGAAAACAAAGAAGCAUCAAGAACAACAUCAAUGAUAACCUUGUCUACACCAGUUGAAGAGCACAGUUCACACGUUUCUGGGGAUUAUUCUUUACCUAUUCCAACAGUGUAUCCUCAGUUACCUCGAGGAUUAACAGACUUGGAGAUUGGAAUGUAUGCUCUCCUUGGAGUUUUCUGCCUUGCCAUACUGGUCUUCCUUAUAAACUGUAUUGUGUUUGUACUAAAAUACAGACACAAAAGGGUUCCACCAGAGGGCCAGGCUAAUCCUGAUCAUUCUCAUCAUUGGGUUUUUCUUGGUAAUGGACAGCCUCUUAGGUCACGAGGAGAGUUAUCCCCACAAUCUGAAAGCCCUGGAAAUCCCUUAGAAGCAGGAACUCUGCCACCGCAUCAUUCUUCUUGCUGUAGAGGGGAAGCAAGAGGAAGUAGCAGUAACAGCAGUUCUCAGGCUAGUGUGCAAAGCCAAUCUCAUGGACGUGGAGAUGGCUCCUCUGGUGGUGGUGGCUCCAGCAGAGAAGCAAGCGAGGACCCAUUAAGUUCUUCUCCAACAUCCAAACGCAAGCGGGUGAAGUUUACUACCUUUACUAGUUUGCCUAGUGAAGGUAGUGUUUAUGAUGCAGUACCAGGAACAGAAGAAUGUGAUCUUGAGUGGGUUUGCCGAGAUAUGGGACUAAGAGACCAACAUGAACUCAGAGACUAUAUCAGGAGGGUCAGAGAUAUGGCAUAGCCUUAGGAUUUUGGGAGCCUAUUGUAAUGGACAAUAUGGGCUAACAUGCACCCAUUAGGUCUGCUGUUUUCUGCUAAACACAGGAAUGGGAUAAUGUUACCUCUUCUGUCUCUAUAUUAAUGUAUUCAAACCCCACACACUGCCACUCACCUCUUUUCCUUCCUUCAUACCAAUAGUCACUUGAGACAUUGACUUGUCUGUCUUUCUCUUCUUCGCUCUUAUUCAAAACACAUGCACAUCUAGCCAAGAGAAGGGAGCAUGUUGUCUAUCUAUGUCUCUUUAUUCUUUAAGAUGGAGAUGUAAGUUGUGGCCUCCUGGUUACCAAACUGCUUUAUAUAUUGCAUAAGUCAGAUAUUUACCAUUCUUAAGUUCAAGACAAAAUGAUGAAGAACCACAAAACAGAGCUGGUUCUUUUGCUCGUGAGAAUGAAAAAACUGUAAUGUUUUUGUUAAACAAAAACAUGUUGAAAAUGAAUACAAAUUUUAGAUGAUCAUCAAACUGAUGAGAAUGAAUGCAGCCGAAGAUUUAAGAGACAUUGGGCACAAUUAAUUUUGCUAGUCCAAAUACAAUUCAUAUAACAACAUCGAAAUAGGAAAGAACAUAACCUUGAAUUGUGUUGACAUGAUUAUAUUCUUAACAACUCGACAGUACUAUACAGUAUUAUAAAUGUAUAAAGUACAUGAAUGUGUUCAACAAACAACAACAGAUUCAAAAAGCACCUCAAAUGUGACAAGAUUUUACUCAGGGGAUCUAAGCAGUUAAUAUGGUUCAUAAAUUGCUAAUAUGGGUGAAGCUAUGCCAAAACAUAUUGUGGGAGAGUAGCCAUCUACAAAUAUGUUGGUACUAAGAGGUAUAGCUCUAAAGUAAUGGAUAAACAUAUACCCAAAAUCACCAACAGUCUGGCUAUACAAGAGGUUAAGAGUGCAGCUAAUACUUGCUAACAUGGAGUGUUUAGGGUUCAUUUGGUCAUUUUGAGACGCAGUAUUUUGUUUGCCAUGUCACCAUACAAACCGACUAUAUUUAAUUGUUGCAAAAGGUAACUUUUUUUCUUACGGAUAUUUGGAGUCAGCUUGUCCAUUCAAAAAUGAAUCCUUGAUUCUAUGAGUCAGUGUUUCACUUGCGUGAGUUCAGUCUGAAGAGUUCUUGUAGUAAGAUUUCUUCAAACAAACACCUAAACCUUGUAUAUGUAUACUUUAUUUUAUUAUAUGCAAACAUGCAUUUAUUUCUGAAUUUGAGUUUACCAGGAUGUGAUUUAUAUAUUUUCAAAGUAAUAAGACAUUAAUACUCUGAUGAAUCCUUAACACUUUAGGACUACUGCCUUUUUAAUUUCUUUUAUUUUUGCUUUUUUUCGGACAAAGUCAUUGAGUGUAAUGGCAGAAGACCACUCACCUGUGUUAAUGGAUGCUACAGAUGCCACCAAGUACGAAGGACUGUGCACAUCUGCUAAAAUCAGGGGACACAUUUAUUGGGGUAUACUGUUCCCAAGCAGGAUGAAUGGGUGCAUAGAAAGUUUUCCUUAUAUAAGACAUGUACAGUAUGUCUUGAAUUUAACCACCAUUUAUGUCAACUGUUUCCCUCAAUGAAUAUACGGGAAAAUAAAGUUUGGCAGUGCA